CGGCAGGCUGGGCACUCUGCAGGGCUCUCCGGCCGGCGGGUGGAGACCGAUCCGGGAUCUGUCCCAGCAGGAAGCGUAUCCCGGCCGCCGUCGUCUCCGGUGCUCGCUCUCGGCCGCGGCGUCGCGCUCGCCCUUCGCUCCCGCAGCCCGGCAGCCUCUCCACGGCCGCGACCCCUCGCGCACCUGCCUCGCCGGGAGAUAGUGGAUAACUUCCUUCAAAAUGGAAGAUGGAAAGCCCGUUUGGGCACCCCACCCCACAGAUGGAUUUCAGAUGGGCAAUAUUGUGGAUAUUGGCCCUGACAGCUUAACAAUUGAACCUUUGAACCAAAAAGGCAAGACAUUUUUGGCUCUCAUAAACCAAGUAUUCCCUGCAGAAGAGGACAGCAAAAAAGAUGUGGAAGAUAACUGUUCACUGAUGUACUUAAAUGAAGCCACGCUCCUUCACAAUGUCAAAGUUCGGUACAGUAAAGACAGAAUCUACACGUAUGUGGCCAACAUUCUGAUUGCAGUGAAUCCGUACUUUGAUAUACCUAAGAUAUAUUCUUCGGAUACAAUAAAGUCAUAUCAAGGAAAAUCUCUUGGGACGAUGCCACCUCAUGUCUUUGCCAUUGCUGAUAAGGCUUUUCGAGACAUGAAGGUGCUCAAGAUGAGCCAGUCUAUCAUUGUAUCUGGAGAAUCAGGAGCUGGCAAAACAGAAAAUACAAAGUUUGUUCUAAGAUACCUGACAGAAUCUUAUGGAACAGGUCAAGAUAUUGAUGAUAGAAUUGUUGAAGCUAAUCCACUUUUAGAAGCGUUUGGAAAUGCAAAGACUGUCCGAAACAAUAAUAGCAGUCGAUUUGGAAAAUUUGUAGAAAUUCAUUUCAAUGAAAAGAGUUCGGUUGUUGGAGGAUUUGUUUCCCAUUACCUCCUAGAGAAGUCUAGGAUCUGUGUUCAGGGCAAAGAGGAGCGGAAUUACCAUAUUUUCUACAGGCUGUGUGCGGGGGCUUCAGAGGACAUUAGGGAGAAGCUUCACUUGAGCUCCCCAGAUAAUUUUCGGUAUUUAAACCGGGGCUGCACUAGAUACUUCGCUAACAAAGAAACGGACAAACAGAUUUUACAGAACCGAAAAAGUCCUGAGUAUGUUAAGGCAGGUUCCUUGAAGGAUCCUCUACUAGACGACCAUGGAGAUUUUAUCAGGAUGUGUACAGCUAUGAAAAAAAUUGGUUUGGAUGACGAAGAAAAACUUGAUCUGUUUCGAGUCGUAGCUGGUGUCCUGCACCUUGGAAAUAUUGAUUUUGAGGAAGCUGGAAGCACUUCAGGCGGCUGCAAUCUGAAGAACAAAUCUGCCCCGUCCCUGGAAUACUGUGCUGAAUUGCUGGGCCUGGACCAAGAUGAUCUUCGAGUUAGUUUAACCUCUAGAGUCAUGCUCACCACAGCAGGGGGCACCAAAGGAACCGUUAUAAAGGUCCCCCUGAAAGUGGAGCAGGCGAACAAUGCUCGAGACGCUCUGGCAAAGACGGUCUAUAGCCAUCUCUUUGAUCACGUGGUAAACAGGGUGAAUCAGUGUUUUCCUUUCGAAACAUCUUCUUAUUUUAUUGGAGUCCUGGACAUUGCUGGUUUUGAGUACUUUGAGCACAACAGCUUUGAGCAAUUUUGCAUCAACUAUUGCAAUGAGAAACUUCAGCAGUUUUUUAAUGAAAGGAUCCUGAAGGAGGAACAAGAACUGUAUCAGAAAGAGGGCCUGGGUGUGAAUGAAGUCCAUUAUGUGGACAAUCAGGACUGCAUAGAUUUAAUUGAAGUGAAAUUAGUGGGAAUCCUGGAUAUUCUGGAUGAAGAAAAUCGUCUUCCCCAGCCGAGUGACCAGCACUUUACAUCUGUGGUUCACCAGAAGCACAAAGACCAUUUCCGGCUCACUAUUCCCAGGAAAUCUAAGCUGGCGGUCCACAGGAACCUCAGAGACGAUGAAGGCUUUAUCAUCAGGCACUUUGCAGGGGCCGUGUGCUAUGAGACAACCCAGUUUGUGGAGAAAAAUAAUGAUGCACUGCAUAUGUCUCUUGAAUCCUUGAUAUGUGAGUCCAGGGAUAAGUUUAUACGGGCCUUAUUUGAGUCAUCCACAAAUAACAACAAGGAUACGAAACAAAAGGCUGGAAAACUUAGCUUCAUCAGCGUGGGAAACAAGUUCAAGACACAAUUAAAUUUGCUUCUGGAUAAACUUCGAAGUACUGGAGCCAGCUUUAUCCGCUGCAUCAAACCCAACUUAAAGAUGACAAGUCACCACUUUGAAGGCGCCCAGAUUCUGUCUCAACUUCAGUGUUCAGGUAUGGUGUCUGUGUUGGACCUAAUGCAAGGGGGUUUUCCUUCAAGAGCCUCAUUUCAUGAACUUUAUAACAUGUACAAGAAGUACAUGCCUGAGAAACUUGCAAGAUUGGAUCCACGGCUAUUUUGUAAGGCUCUUUUUAAAGCUUUGGGAUUAAAUGAAGUUGACUACAAGUUUGGGCUAACAAAAGUAUUUUUCAGACCUGGCAAGUUUGCAGAAUUUGAUCAGAUUAUGAAGUCUGACCCUGAUCACUUAGCAGAGUUGGUGAAAAGAGUCAAUCUGUGGCUAGUCUGUAGUCGCUGGAAGAAAGUUCAGUGGUGUUCGCUGUCAGUCAUCAAAUUGAAAAACAAAAUAAAAUAUCGAGCUGAAGCUUGCAUUAAAAUGCAGAAAACCAUCCGAAUGUGGCUUUGCAAAAGGAGACACAAACCACGCAUUGACGGCCUGGUUAAGGUGGGAACACUGAAGAAACGACUCGAUAAGUUCAAUGAGGUCGUAAGUGCCCUGAAAGAUGGGAAGCCGGAGGUGAACAGACAGAUCAAAGAUCUUGAAAUUUCUAUUGAUGCUCUGAUGGCCAAAAUUAAGUCCACCAUGAUGACGAGGGAGCAGAUACAGAAAGAGUAUGAUGCACUUGUUAAAAGCUCCGAAGAGCUCCUCAGUGCACUGCAGAAAAAGAAACAGCAAGAGGAGGAGGCAGAGAGGCUGAGGCGCAUCCAAGAGGAGAUGGAGAAAGAGAGGAAGAGGCGCCAAGAGGAUGAAGAACGUCGCCGGAAGGAGGAAGAGGAGAGGCGGAUGAAACUUGAGAUGGAAGCGAAGAGGAAACAAGAGGAGGAGGAAAGGAAGAAGCGGGAAGACGAUGAAAAGCGUAUCCAGGCUGAGGUGGAGGCACAGCUGGCAAGACAGCGGGAAGAAGAGUCCCAGCAGCAGGCGGUCCUGGCCCAGGAGUGCAGGGACAGGGAGUUGGCCCUGCGCAUCGCCCAGAAUGAAUCGGAGCUCAUCAGCGAUGAGGCACAGGGUGACAUGGCACUCCGAAGCUUGAGUUCCUGUCCAGCAACUUCUAAAACUAAUGGAACAAGACCCCAAAUGACACCGGAACAAAUGGCCAAAGAAAUGUCAGACAUUUUGAGUAGAGGUCCUGCUGUACAAGCUACCAAAGCUGCUGCUGGCACCAAGAAACAUGAUCUCAGUAAAUGGAAAUAUGCAGAACUACGUGAUACAAUCAAUACUUCUUGUGACAUCGAGCUCCUGGCAGCUUGCAGAGAAGAGUUUCACAGGAGACUGAAAGUGUAUCAUGCCUGGAAAUCCAAGAACAAGAAGAGAAAUACUGAAACAGAGCAGCGUGCUCCCAAGUCUGUUACUGAUUAUGCUCAACAGAACCCUGCCGCUCAGCUCUCUGCCAGGCAGCAGGAGAUUGAGAUGAACCGACAGCAGCGCUUCUUCCGCAUUCCCUUCAUCCGCCCUGCCGACCAGUACAAAGACCCUCAGAACAAGAAGAAGGGCUGGUGGUAUGCCCAUUUUGACGGACCGUGGAUUGCUCGGCAGAUGGAGCUGCACCCUGACAAGCCACCCAUCCUUCUUGUAGCUGGCAAGGACGACAUGGAGAUGUGUGAGCUGAAUCUCGAGGAGACGGGUCUGACUCGCAAGCGUGGCGCUGAGAUCUUGCCCAGACAGUUUGAAGAGAUCUGGGAGCGUUGUGGAGGCAUCCAGUACCUUCAGAGCGCCAUCGAGAGCAGGCAGGCCCGGCCCACCUACGCCACAGCCAUGCUGCAGAACCUACUCAAGUAGACCGCAGGGUUCCAGCCUCACCCUGACCCUCACAGGCAGGAGGUGACCAGAAGGUUCACCACUUACUUGCUUCUGGUAGAAAUGCCUUAUGCAAAGUGAACAGAUUUUUAUUAAUCAUGGAUUGUGUUAAUUUGUUCAAGGUUAAUUAAGGUUGAGGUAGUGGAUUCAGGACCUAAAGAGAGAAAAGCCCUGAUUCCAGCAGUGUCCCCCCCCCCAUUGUAAUGCUUUCUGUACCCAGACAGAAGCUGAUACUUCUUGCUCUGCACACUGACCACCUUAUUGCUUAGUUUUGUCAAGGACAAGACUUUUUUUGUUUUUAAUUCAAAACAUUUGACUUUUUAAAGGAAAAGGAUGUCACAGUGCCUUUAUAACUGAGAUAAUGAAAUCUUAGCUUAAUUUUGUGCAAGAAUUAAGGUACUUGAAUUGAUUAAGGCACAGAUGUGUUUGGUCUAAAAAGCUGUAUUUUGUCUGCUUUUUUUCACAAAUCCAUGGAGUUUGAUUUCCCCUUCUUGCAGUGUGUUUAGUGCCCAUGAUCCCAAAAUUCUAGAAUUCUAGAAAGAGCCUUACUGUAUGGACUGUCUUACUGCAGAGGAGGUGCUGGGCGUAUGCGGCACAGACCUGGCGUGCUUCUCUACCGCGCUCUGUGUUACUCUUGGAAGCUCCUCUUCCUAAUCCAUAGUCGAGUAAAGGAAAUUUGGUUUCUUUGAAUGACUGGAGGUUUUGAUAUAGCUUUGUUUCAGUUUGGAAGGGAGGCAGGGCGGGGGCAGUGUUCUGUGACUCUUCUGGACUGAAUUCCAAUAUUUUUCUACUUCCUCUCAACUGCGGUCUCUGUUUGAACCUUGUCCAAGUUGUUUCAUGUCGCGUAAGCUGCUGUACUGCUUCAGACGGCUCUCCUGCUCUUUCCCUCUUCCGGGCGUCCAUUUUGACCUUUGAGACAUGGGAGGGCUUCUCUGUUAACUUUGUAAUCCCGAAGUCCUUGUGCUUAAACAGAGUUCAUUUCAUGCUGCAGGAAGCCUUUAAAACCCUCCCUUUGUGUGCUGUUCAGUCCUCAUCAGAUGUCAGCAGCUGGGGCUAAUAUUUACGACUUUAAUAUAUUAGGAAUUUAGAGACAAAAAAUACAUCAAGGAGUUAUGUUGACACCCAAAGGAGUCUUUGUAUUUUAGAAUAAAAGUAGAAAGUAAAACUAUUCUUCACACUCCCUUUGUUUUUAAAUACCCUGACCUUUGAAAUUUCAGGAUUUUUUCCCCCUUAGAUUCAUGUUCAGAAGCCUCGGGUACUAUUGGUGGAAUCGCUCCUUUCGAAGUGUCGUAGUACUGAAGUACUUAUUUAUUAUUAUGACAUCGUGGAAAUGAUUGUUUUGUGUUAAGGAAAUUAAGUGGCCCUGUCUCUACUAAUAAUUGAAAAUGUGAAUGAGGUUUUCUUCUGGAGGCUGUCUUACUGCUUAGACUUACCCUCUGUUGGUCCUGUGAUUGAUGGCAGAGGUGGAGUUACUGAAAUAAACAACUUGUUCUUCCUCUUUCAUCACUCA